AAUUCAAUAGAAAAUGAACACUCGGUUCACUCGGGUGGAGCAGAAAAGAAUCAGAGCAAAGAGCGAAGUUCAGGAAAAGGAGCCUGAGUUUCAGUUUCUCCUACAUUUACUAAAAUGACAGAAUCAGAUUUAUAUGCCGAGUAUAAAGGGGUGUAUGUGCCAAAACAUUUGCACCCCCCCAACAGCUUGAAAUAUUAUGAGGAUUUCACUUUCCGACCAGACGAUGUCCUUAUUGUCACCUAUCCUAAAUCCGGCACAACAUGGAUGCAGGAGAUUGUUCCUCUGAUCCACAGUGAGGGAGAUCUCACGCCGGUACACACUAUACCAAACUGGGACCGGGUUCCAUGGCUGGAAGAGCACCGGGCUAAGAUACUCAAUCUGGAGCAAAGGCCCUCUCCACGCAUCUUUGCGACCCACUUUCACUAUGGCAUGAUGAACGAAUCCUAUUUCCAAGUCAAGCCAAAAGUCAUUUACACAAUGCGAAACCCUAAGGACGUGUUUACAUCCUCCUUCCACUACUAUGGAAUGGCUUCAUACCUGGUCAAUCCAGGCACUGUUGACGAGUUUCUGGAAAAGUUUCUGAACGGCAAAAUAAUGUUUGGUUCAUGGUUUGACCAUGUGAAGGGCUGGCUUAAGGCAAAAGACAAAGAUCGCAUUUUCUACAUUUCAUAUGAGGAGAUGAUAGAAGAUUUGAACGGCUGUGUCACGAAACUCGCCCAGUUUCUUGAGAAGCCUCUGAGCCCAGAAGUGAUUGAGAAAAUAUCCGAGAAUUGUCUGUUCAAGAACAUGAAGAAGAACAAGAUGUCCAACUAUUCUCUAGUUCCAGAAGAGUUCAUGAAUCAAAAGAAAUCCGAGUUUCUCAGGAAAGGAGAAGCUGGCGACUGGAAGAACCUUUUCACUGAAGGCCAAACUGAGAAAUUUAAUACGGUUUACAAAGACAAGAUGAAAGAUGUCAUGUUCAGAUUUGUUUGGGAUUGAGCAAACUCCUCAUUAAGAAGAAUUUAAGUGAUGUACUACGGUAUGUCCAAUUUGUAUUGAUUACGUGGAAUGGAUGGUAUUAGUUCAAAACUGAAUUAAAAGUAGCACUUCAAAAUUAUGCCUAAAGGUAAAAAUCAUACAGUUUAAAUAUGCAUGUUUUAAAAAUGCAGAAUGAUUUUACUCGGAAUUAGAAGUCAGGGUGUAAUUUUAUUAUUAGCAUAACUCUGCAAAACUAAUCACAAAUUAUUUACAUUUUUUAUUCAUUUUUUGACCGUAUUUUAUGAAGAAGGCAAUGGUCAAUUUAUAAUUACAGUAUAUAUGCUUACUUAUAAUUUUAGCUUCCAUACAUGGAAGUAAAGACUGAUCUUCUGCAUGACUAUUCAUUGUAUAUCUAUUGAAUUUCUAUGUUGAAUGAUAAUUUUACUACAAAAUAUUAAUACACAUCAAGUGUUAAACUUGUUUUACUAAUGAAUAAAGGAACAAAAAAAAAAACAA